AUGAAUUUCAUCUCUCAUCUGCUGGCGAGUAAGGGCGACAGGGGGUCUGCCGAGCGCCCUGUCGCUGCAGGCCCCUUUCCGCCGGCUCACAAGAACUCCUCCACCACAGCUUCUCCCGAACCUUCUCCUCCCGUCUCGCCCCGAUUCAAAUCGCCACCAGCCGCAUCUUCAACAACACCGGCCGGUGCUAUCUCGCCACGGGGCCGGCCCACUGCAGAGGACCACCAUCUACAGCAGCAGCACGGAGCUCCAACGGCCGCCGUGCCCACCAAUGUAGGGCACGACGGCGAGGUCGAGAAGCUGGUCAAGGUCCUGCGAACUCAGCUGCACGCCCUGAAGAAGGAACGAGCGGCGCAGGACGCCCGCUACGUGGCCCUCGCCACCAAGCACCAGGAGGACAAGGAGCUGCACGAGGCCUCCCUCGACCAGCUCCGACAACACAUGGCACACAUGAACGACAGCUUGGCGCUCCUGCGGGAGGACAGAGAGCUCCUCAACAGAGACGUGCUGGUGGAGCGUGAGGCCAACAAAAAGCUGACCGAGGAAAACGACCAGCUCAAGAUACAUCAGGGCGAACUAAGCAGACACCACAAGGAGUUGGAGGACCAACUGGCUACCAUGGCUGCGAGCGAACUGACUGCUCGCAAUUUUGCGGCCAACACGCGAUCAAUCGAAGACGCGCAGACCGACGCUACCUUCCGACAGCGAUUCAACCUCCCUGCGACCGAGUUCCCCAUCAUCAGCUACUAUUGCUGCCACAAGCACAUCUAUCAUGGCUGGCUCUACAUCACGCCAGCCUACGUGUGCUUCGAGCCUGCGCUUCUGUCUAAGGAGAGUUCGCGUAUCACGACACCACUGACCUCCAUCACGACGCUCGCCAAGGUACGAGGGUUCAAGUACAUACCGGGCACAGACAACGCCCUCAUAUUCAAGCUGAAGAGCGGAGUAGAGUACUUCUUCAACAACUUCACGCACAGGGACAGCGUGAUCGCCAAUGUGGUGCAUCAGGCGGCCAAGUUCGGGCACCGCAUCCAGUCGCAGGACGAGAAGCAGAUCCCGGACGAGGGCAAAGCGCCCAAGAGGCCCUCUGACGGCGUCGAGCCCCCCGCUAGCUUUGGCUCCUUGGGCCAGUCCAAGGACACCGACUCGCUGCCGCGCCCUUCCUCUAACUCCUUCGACCACAGCAACGUUGUCCCACUCCCUCGGGUCUCCCAUCAGCGCCCUCGGUCCCUCAGCGACGUAGGCUGA